UUAUAACAUCGACAUUAAAAGAACGUGUAAACGACGUCGACGUUAUAAUUUCGACGUAAAUCGAGCCGCGUAAACACACAAGUUAAAAAAAUAAGGUAAAAAUAUGGAAACGAAAAAGCGCGAAAGUUGGGAAACCGAUGAAACUCGAUAUUUUCUUAAAUUGAUGAGAGAACGGCAAGUGAUGAAAAGUUUAGACGGCAAAAGGUUUCGAGCAGAUGACAUUUUUAACAGCUUAGAAUCGUCUAUGAAUGAAAAAGGUUACAUUAAAACGUCAAAGCAAACGCAAACUAGAUUUAAAACACUGAGGCUUCAAUAUAACAAAAUCAAAAGAUAAAUGGGAAAAAGUGGAUCUGGCAAUUACAUAUCCUUAUUUCCGUAUGCCGAA